CCCCUUCGGCCCCCUUCUUUCUAUUUCUACUCUCAUACUGACUCUCUUCCACAUACGUCUCUCAUCACUGCGUAGGGAGUAAGCCGAACCCCAACAACAGCAACAACAAUGGUGGAGGCCAAAACCAAGUACGAUCGUCAGCUCAGGAUCUGGGGUGAGCAAGGACAGGCUGCCCUUGAGAAAGCAAGUAUAUGUUUGCUCAACUGUGGUCCUACUGGUUCUGAAACAUUAAAAAAUCUUGUUCUUGGCGGGAUUGGAAGUAUCACUGUUGUCGAUGGUUCUAAAGUUGAAGUGGGCGACCUUGGAAAUAACUUUAUGGUGGACGAAUCAAGUGUUGGGGAAUCAAAGGCAAAAACUGUGUGCACCUUUCUUCAGGAGCUAAAUGAUGCAGUAAAAGCGAAAUUUAUAGAAGAGUAUCCAAAGGCAUUAAUUGAGACGAAUCCAUCAUUCUUUUCACAGUUUACCUUGGUGGUAGCCACCCAGCUAGUGGAGGAUUCAGUGGUGAAAUUGGAAAGAAUCUGUCGUGAAGCAAAUGUCAUGUUGAUAUUCGCACGCUCAUAUGGCCUCACUGGGUUUAUUCGUAUUUGUGUUAAGGAACAUACAGUCAUUGAGUCAAAGCCUGAUCACUUUCUAGAUGAUCUCCGGCUAAACAACCCCUGGCCUGAGCUGAGGAGUUUUGCAGAAACAAUUGACUUGGACGUGCCUGAUCCUGUUGUCCAUAAGCACACACCAUAUGUUGUCAUUCUUGUCAAGAUGGCAGCUGAGUGGGCCCAAACACAUGGUGGAAGACUUCCAUCAACCAGAGAAGAGAAAAAAGAGUUCAAGGAACUAAUUAGAGCCAGGAUGAGAGCAUUUGAUGAAGACAAUUAUAAAGAAGCGAUGGAUGCCUCAUUUAAAGUCUUUGCUGCUCGUGGAAUUAGUUCAAAUCUACAACGGAUACUUAGCGAUAGUUGUGCUGAUGUUGAUUCGAAUUCAUCUGAUUUUUGGGUGAUGGUGGCAGCUCUAAAGGAUUUUAUAGACCGCGAGGGGGAGGCACCUCUUGAGGGAUCAAUACCGGAUAUGACAUCUUCUACUGAGUUAUAUGUUACCCUGCAGAAGAUCUACCAAGCCAAGGCUGAGGCUGAUUUUUUCGCUAUUGAGCAAAAUGUUGGUGAUAUUUUAAAGAAAAUUGGUAGAGAUCCUGAUAGUAUCUCAAAGGCAGUUGUAAAAAGCUUCUGCAAAAAUGCCAGGAAACUCACAGUAUGCAGAUAUCGUCCCCUGGAGGAUGAAUUCAACUCUCCAGUCCUACCAGAGUUGCAGAAGUAUCUAACAGAUGAAGACUACAGUAUCGCUGUAGGGUUCUAUAUUCUGCUUCGAGCUGUUGACCGGUUUGCCUCGAACUAUAACAGUUUUCCUGGCCAAUUUGAUGGAGAGAUGGAUGAGGAGAUAUCUCGACUGAAGACUUCCACUGUUGGCCUGCUUAGCGACUUAGGUUGCAAUGGCUCGACGCUGACAGAGGACCUUAUCAAUGAAAUGUGCAGAUAUGGUGCUGCAGAGCUCCAUGCAGUGGCUGCCUUCGUUGGGGGAAUCGCAUCGCAGGAAGUUAUAAAGCUGAUCACAAGGCAAUUUGUUCCAAUGUCCGGAACGUUCAUCUUCAACGGCAUUGACCACAAGUCUCAAUUGUUGUCACUAUAAGGGGUAUUAAACUUUGAAGUGCUUUAUAGCACCACCACUUUUGCUGCAUUACAAAUCAGUCACGAACAACUGAAACAGACAGAUAUUCAUUUCUGUUUGGAUGGGCGGAUCAAUUUUGUGGGAAAUUACCUUCUCUUGGAAAUGCAAAUGAUAUACGAAUGAUAGCAUAUGCCUUUUUGAUCGAGAGUCGUGGCAGGUUAGGUGCUCCUGUGGAAGAUUUUGUAAUUAUGAGGAGCACUGUGAGAUUAAAGAUUGUUAUCUAGAUCCAGAUCAUAAUUUCCUGAGACUUUAAAUGAGUUGGUUUAAUUAAAUUGUAGUGCAGAUGAUUGUUUGCAA